AUGAUGACAAAUUCUCAUACACCGUCAUCAUCAAUGUAUCUAUUUGGUAUAGAUUUAUCUAAACACAGUCGCCUAGCACAAUUUUUAUUAACAUCAACAGCCGUACUAGUUUUUCAUGUUGCUCAAGGCUAUAUACAAGAAUUGAUUUUACAAUUAAAACCAUUACGAACUUAUCCAAAUUAUUUUACACUUGUUCAAUUUAUAUGUUUUACAGUUUUAGCGUAUACAGAACGGAGUUUAUUUGGGCAAUCAUUAAAAAGGCGAAAAGCACCGUUACAUACUUAUGCAUUGAUUGCACUAUUUACAAUUGGUACGAUGGCUUUAAGUAAUGCAGCUGUGAUGCGUCUCAAUUAUCCUACACAUAUGAUGUUUAAAAGUUGUAAAUUGAUACCGGUUAUGAUUGGUAGUAUGCUUAUUUUAGGAAAACGUUAUUCUCUUUAUGAUAUCCUUGCUUGUUUAUGUAUGACUAUUGGACUUAUUUUUUUUACAUUGGCUGAUUCAAAAGUUCAACCUGAAUUUGAUUUAUUAGGUGUAUGGCUUGUAUGUUGUGCUUUAGUUGCUGAUGCAGUUAUCGGCAAUGUACAAGAAAAAGCAUUGAAAGAAUAUAAACCAAGUAAUUCAGAAAUGAUACUUUUUUCAUAUUCAAUUGGUGCGAUUUAUUUACUUUUAUUUGAGUUAACAUUUGGUUCAUUGAAAGAAGCAUUUUGGUUAUGGUGGGCAUAUCCGAUCAAAUCUUAUGUUUUUACUAUGAUUUAUUCAUUUGCUGGUUAUCUUGGUGUUAAUUGUGUGCUUAAUCUAGUCCGGCAUUUUGGUGCAUUGAUAGCUGUGACCGUGACAACAUUUCGCAAAGCAAUUACUGUCAUUCUCUCAUUCAUUGCAUUCACAAAACCAUUUACUUUCCAAUAUUUAUGGUCUGGUGCGAUUGUAGCAUUUGGAAUUUAUUUAAAUGCAUAUGGUCAAAAUCAAAAAUCAAUUGAUAAUUAUACGCGUUCAAUAUAUGAUCGUUUACUGAUGAAAUGUCGAAGAAAAAAUCAGAUCCAUCGAUAUCCACAAGAACUAGUUUAA